AGUUUCUUGACAGGCGCAGGGUGAUGGUGGACUACUACGCUGCUCCACCGGCGUUCCACCAACAGCAUCAACCUGGAUACGAUUAUACGCAACAAGAAGAAGAAUGGGAUCGUGAAGGUCUGCUCGAUCCGGCUUGGGAAAAGCAGCAGAAGAAGACUUUUACUGCCUGGUGCAACUCACACUUGAGAAAAGCUGGCACAGCUAUCGACUUGAUAGAAGAGGAUUUUAGAAAUGGGUUAAAGUUGAUGCUUCUGCUGGAGGUGAUCUCCGGCGAGCCUUUGCCUCGUCCCGACCGUGGCAAAAUGCGCUUCCAUAAGAUUGCUAACGUCAACAAAGCGCUUGAAUAUAUCGAGAGCAAAGGAGUAAAGCUCGUCUCCAUCGGAGCUGAAGAAAUCGUCGAUGGCAAUGUCAAGAUGACUCUUGGUCUUAUUUGGACCAUUAUCCUGCGCUUCGCUAUUCAGGACAUUAAUGUUGAAGAGCUAUCUGCUCGUGAUGGUCUUCUGCUCUGGUGCCAGCGAAAGACAGCACCAUACAAUAAUGUGAAUGUACAAAACUUCCACACAUCUUGGAAGGAUGGUCUCGCAUUCUGUGCACUUAUUCAUAGACAUAGGCCAGACUUGAUCGAUUACUACUCACUGCACAAAGGUGACCCUCUGCACAAUUUGAACUUGGCAUUUGAUGUCGCCGAAAAACACCUUGACAUCCCUCGGAUGUUGGAUGCUGAAGACAUGGUCAACUCGCAUCCGGACGAGAAGGCUGUCAUGACCUACGUUUCGUGCUACUAUCAUUAUUUCAGUGGAAUGCGAAAGGCGGAGACUGCGGCUAAUAGAAUUUGCCGUGUACUCAAGGUCAACCAGGAGAAUGAGAAGAUGAUGCAGGAGUAUGAACAUCUAGCCAGCGAUCUUCUUGCCUGGAUCAAUCACUGGAUGCCAUGGCUGGCGAAUAGAACGACAGAUGACAAUCUGCCAGUAGCACAGAGAAAACUAGACGAUUAUCGUAAUUAUCGUAGGCAUGAGAAGCCUCCUCGAAUUGAAGAUAAGGGACGCCUAGAGACUUUAUUCAACACACUUCAAACUCGACUUAGACUAUCAAAUAGACCAGCUUUUCUGCCCAGAGAUGGUCAUCUCGUAAAAGAUAUUAACAAUGCGUGGAAGAAUCUCGAAGAUUCGGAGAAAGGUUUCGAAGAAUGGCUGCUGAGCGAAAUCAUGCGUCUUGAACGUCUUGAACAUUUGGCGGAGAAGUUCCGUCGUAAAUGUGCCCUGCACGAAGAAUGGUCCCACGGUAAAGAGGAAGCUCUUCGAGUUCAGGACUGGAAGAGUUGUGGAUUGUAUAAGAUCAAGGCUCUUCGUAAACGACACGAAGCCUUUGAGAGCGAUCUUGGCGCUCAUCAAGAUAGGGUUGAGCAGAUUGCACUUAUCGCCAAGGAGCUCAACAAUCUUCGCUAUCCUGACAUUGGACCCAUCAACGCUCGCUGCCAGGCCAUCUGCUCUCAAUGGGAUCGCCUUGGACAGUUGGCAACUCAACGAAGAAUUGCUCUCGAAGAAGCUGAGCAUGUAGCUGAGCGCUUGGAUGCACUUUAUCUUGAUUUCGCCAAAAGGGCUGCCCCAUUCAACAAUUGGCUCGAUGGUGCUCGAGAAGAUCUCGCUGACCUCGUAAUUGUUCAUGAGAUGAAAGAGAUUCAAGAACUCUGUGCAGCGCAUGACCAAUUCAAAUCAACGCUUGGCGACGCUGAUAGAGAAUUUGGCAGCAUUUCUGGCAUCGAGCAGGAAAUUGAACGCCUUGUUGAAGCUCAUGGGCUUGAUCGUGAACUUCUACGCAAUCCCUACACUGACCUUUCGGCAUCCGAUAUCCGCCGUAAAUGGGGUGAGGUCCAGCAGGCAGUGCCAAGGCGGGAUGGACAACUGCAGAGUGAAUUGCGAAGACAACAGAAUAAUGAGCGACUUCGCACAAUCUUUGCUGAGAAAGCCAAUCAAGUUGGACCAUGGCUGGAGCGAGAACUGGAAAAGGUCUUGGCCAUCGGUCUCGGCGGACGUGGACGCCUUGAAGAUGCUGUUCAUCAGCUGCGUGGCAUCCAUCAAGACGCUCUGCUUUACAAACCGAAUCUUGACGAGUUGGAGAGAAUUCAUCAAGAAAUGCAGGAGAACUUCGUAUUUGAAAAUAGGAAGAGCAGAUAUUCUAUGGAAUCGCUCCGUGUUGGUUGGGAGAGCUUGAUUACUAGCAUAAAUAGGACCAUUAACGAGUUAGAAAAUCAAAUUUUGAUGCGCGAUAGCAAAGGAAUCUCAGAAGAACAAAUAAACGAGUACCGCGCCUCGUUCAAUCACUUUGAUAAGGACAGGCAAGGUCUAGAUCCGGAACAAUUGCGCUCAUGCCUGAUCUCCGUCGGUUACAAUAUUCGACCAGGGCGAGAGGGUGAUGCUGAACUCCAUCGUAUCCUCGCUCAUGUUGACCCGAAUCGAAUGGGACGUGUUCCAUUCGAUGCGUUCCUCGAUUUCAUGACAGUCGAAGCCGCUGAUGCGGAUACAGUGGAACAGAUGAUAGAUUCGUUCCGUAUUCUUGCAGCCGGCAAGCCCUUCAUUACCGCGGACGAAUUGCGUCGAGAAUUGCCAGCGGACCAAGCACACUAUUGCAUGCAACGAAUGGCGUUAUCGAACGACCCGCACGCACCCCCGGGUUCCUACGACUAUGUGACGUUUAGCCGAACUCUCUACAGUCAGUAGACCUACAGUAGCCAGUGAAGGACCGCCUGGAGCUUUCUCGACAGCCGUCAUUUUCUUUCUCGCAAUGUCUCAACUAAUCUCGCGCACUAGAGCGCUACCGCUCUUACUAAUCAACGACUAAACUUAGUUAAUACUUAUCUUAUUUCUAAUAAUUUCCCUCUAAGUGAGCAACACUAAAAAAGUGUUUCUUGCUUCUACCUAGGGGAAGAAUAUCUAGUCUGUUUCUCUGAACCAGUUUUUCUUUGAGCAAUUAAUUAUUUGUCAUUAAUCUCUAGCUUAGGACAGCUACUAUGUGUAAAUAUAUAUUUUGAAAUGUGACGUCAUCAACUCAAACUCUUUCUGAUUACUGCCUUAAAUGAUGUGUCUGCUUCGUUUGACGUCAACAUUCUGUAUUUUUCAUAGAUGGUAUUGCUG